GUUGUCAAUGAACUCCGUAUUUCUGUCGGUUAAAGAAAUUUCUCAUUUGAGAACUUUCAAAUUGGGGAUUACGCUCGCCUUAUUGUGACACUUUUGGCUACAUCGGCUACAUCCUCUAUGUAACUUUUCUUUAUUGUACAAUGUACACGUUUGCUUUGCUAGUGUUUACUUUAUCGUCUUUGAAGUUAGAGGAAGUCCAAGGAUACUUUCCAGAGGAACGCUGGAACCCUGAAUCGCCGCUCCUUGCACCUAGAGUUCUUGUAGCUCUCAUCUGUCGCAAUUCGGAACAUUCAUUACCUUAUUUUCUUGGAACUCUUGAACGCCUGAAUUAUCCAAAAGAUCGCAUUGCGUUGUGGGUAGCCACAGACCACAAUGUGGACAACACUACCGCCCUGUUGAGGGACUGGCUCAUCAAAGUGCAGAAGUUAUACCACUCAGUGGAAUGGAGACCUCUGGAGCAUCCCAGCUCUUUUCAAGAUGAGGAGGGGCCAAAGCAUUGGUCCAAUCUACGUUACGCCUAUGUGAUGAAACUACGGCAAGCAGCACUGGAAUCUGCCAGGGAGAUGUGGGCUGACUACUUCAUGUAUAUUGACUGUGAUAACCUCUUGACAAACCCCGAUGUCCUGUGGAAGCUCAUAAACGAAAACAAGACCAUCGUGGCUCCAAUGCUGGAGUCCAGGGCUGCAUACUCAAACUUCUGGUGUGGGAUGACCAUACAGGGAUACUACAAGCGCACCCCUGCCUACAUACCCAUACGGAAGCGGUCCCGAAAGGGUUGCUUCGCCGUCCCCAUGGUCCACUCAACAUUCCUGAUUGACCUGAGGAAAGAGGCCUCCAGAGAGCUAGCCUUCCAUCCCCCACACCCAGAGUACACAUGGGCCUUUGAUGAUAUCAUAGUGUUUGCCUUCUCUGCUCGCAUGGCAGAUGUUCAGAUGUUCGUGCUUAACCGCGAGACGUACGGAUACUUCCCUGUACCACUGCGUGCUCACAACACCCUCAGGGAUGAAGCCGACAGUUUCAUUCACUCUGUUCUGGAAGUUAACGUGAAGCACCCUCCCCUCGAGCCCUCCAAAUACCUGCCUCUUCCCGUCAGGAAGCCGGACAAACUUGGCUUUGAUGAGGUGUUUAUGAUAAACCUGCAGCGUCGGGCAGACCGUCGGGAGCGCAUGCUGAGGGCCCUGAAUGAGCAGGAGAUCGACUGCAAGAUCGUCCCAGCUGUGGACGGGAAAGCAAUGAACAUCAGUGAGGUCCAGGACUUGGGCAUCCAUAUGCUCCCAGGUUACAAUGACCCGUAUCAUGGCCGGCCUCUCACUAAGGGAGAACUGGGCUGCUUCCUCUCCCACUACAACAUCUGGAAGGAGAUUGUGGAGCGUGGCCUGAAAACUUCUCUGGUGAUCGAGGACGAUCUGCGCUUUGAGGUGUUCUUCAAGCGCCGACUGCAGAACCUCAUGAUGGAAAUUGAGAGUGAAGGCCUUGACUGGGACCUCAUCUACAUCGGUAGGAAGCGGAUGCAGGUGGAUCACCGAGAGAAGGCUGUGCCCAAUGUCCACAAUCUGGUGGUGGCGGACUACUCCUACUGGACACUGGGAUACAUGAUGUCGCUGCAAGGGGCCAAAAAACUGCUAAAAGCUGAGCCGCUGAAGAAAAUGUUACCGGUUGAUGAGUUCCUGCCCGUCAUGUUCAACAAACAUCCUGUCAAGGACUACAUGGAGCACUUUGAGCCGCGGAACCUGAAGGCGUUCUCCGCAGAGCCGCUGCUGGUGUUCCCCACCCACUACACGGGCGACCCGGGCUACAUCAGCGACACGGAGACGUCCACGGUGUGGGACAACGACAAGGUCCGCACGGACUGGGACCGGGGCCGCUCGUCCAAGACCAAGGAGCAGGCGGAGAUCAGCACGGAGGCGCAGAACACCGACGUUCUACACUCGCCACUGGACAGGACUGCACGGGAGGAACUAUGAGCUAAGUCGCUGGACCACGACAAGAGCCUUAACCUGAAUGUUGGACUUAACGCCCAGUACAACCUUUGAAUGCCUCUUUUUUAUUUUUUAUUUGUCCCAGUAUUGGGAAUUGGAUUGUUACAUGGGCCUUUUUUAGCUUGAAUGGAUUUGGAAAGGGAUCCAGUUUUGAGGUCAUCGUGUUAGUAUGUAAAGCCAAAUGAAUUUUGAAUAGAUACUACAGUACAUGCCACUAAUAUUUCAAGAUAGUUUCAAUAUUGAAAAUGAUCCAUCCCUUCGGUCAUUGACCGGCAUGCAAUCACUUCCUCUCUGAGGACAUUUACUGUUUAAUAUGUUUUAAAUCAGCUGUGCAAUUGUUCACCAAAAGGUCAAAGUGACUGCUCUUACCUUGUAAUCCAUUGUGGUGCUAUUUUCCAAAUUUUUUCUUUCAUUGUGCUUUACAUGGGUAUACUUUGGGAAUUUGUUGUCAGUUCUUGUUUUUAUUUUUUUUUAGGUCAGGUCAGUGUGCAAAUAUCUUACUUGGGAUAAAUCAGCCUCGAUCCCUUAAACCGUACUUGAGAUUGAGAAUAGUCUGUGCGAUCUGGCCAUUAGCUUGAUGGGGGUGACGGGAAUACAGAAGGUAACAUUAUACCAUGAUGCCUCAGCACUUUCCGCUAAAGUGCACCGCUAAGGUGUAGAGAUGAGAGGCCAACUACUUUAAUGUUCAGCCGGUCUAAAGCAGCCGUCUUCCUCUGGCCUCAGGCUAUACUGUGGUAUAGAGACGAGCGCGGGCCAACUCGCACCUCUAAUGACACCGUUCCCGGCUGUGUCGACAGACCGACGCCAGAAGCACGGGGCCAACCACUGAAAACACUCCUCGCUUUAUAAGAGAGCCAAUUAAGAGAGCAGUAAAAUUCCCACUCGAGAUUCCUCAGAACCAGUCUCAAACCUCCUCGGUCGCUGAGUGGCGUGGGUUGCUGUUUGUGGAGAGGUUACGAUAUAUUAGACGCGCUGCUGUUGAGCACAAUAGGCUAAAUUGGGACUUUCAUCAUGCUUCUUGGGCUGGGAUAGUGGGUGUUUUUCUUUUGAGAUUAUUUUGAGAAGCACAGGACCAGACAGGGCUUCAUAGUAGAAUAGGUUUUUUUUUGUUGUUGUCGCUUUUUUCACGUGGUAAUUAUUGCUGUGCAAAUUGCAGUUUUCACUUCACAUCAUUGUAUCAAGCUGUGCAUUCAUACCUAAAUAAAUUAUAAGUGUUUUGUAAAA